GAAGGAUAUUAAAGAUGUAAGGGACACUGUUACAAACAGUAAAAACCAUCAUAGAGAAAUGUCUACAAGAGUUCCAUAUCAAACAAAGCUAUCUAAGAAAGCUUUUGAGUUCCACUUGUAAAAAUGUAAUUACAUUUAAUUGUAAAAUUUUGUUAUAGGCCACUUUAAUCAGUGUGUUCCUGAAACAUUAAUCCAAAGUUAUGGGGAAUGAACGACAAAUUCAGCUAAUACAAAUGCGUCAGACUGGCGCUCAGAGAGUUACUAGUCACAGUGUCAAGACGCAAUAUUUACAGAGAACUGGUUUCUGUCCGUAUUUCCACCUCAAAUGCAAAUAUAUGGGAGGGAAGCAUGUUUGUGUUGUGUACAGUGGAGGUGUACAUUAUUCCCUUGUAUCUUCAUUAGCACUUUCUCUUAGAUCUGGCAUGUUUUCUUUUCGUAUUUGUCACCUUAUCUGAAAUUUCUCAAAAGGUUCCACCUCACAUAGCUCAGCCUUUGAGCACACAGUGUGUGAAGAUGAGGUGUGGCAGGCAACUCAGAAGUAAGAGCCUCCAUGGCUUAGUCACUUUUUCACCACUUUCUUUAGAAUGUUGUUAAUGCCAGAGUACAUGAAUGGAAAUCUACAGCCUUGUCCGAAUGGAAUAAAAUGGAGGAAACAUGAAAUAUAUGCUGAAACAGUAUAAGUGAGAUUUUGAUCUUCGUUUUGACACAUCAGCCAUGGCCUUCAGUACUACAUUAAAGCAGAAAAGCACCAAUGCUUCAGUUUCUCCGACUCCAUCUUUAGCCAACAUAACUUCAUUCAACUCAACUUCAAAAUCAGUCUCUGUUAUAACAUCAGCGUCUGCAGAUCCGACUUCAGUCACUGCACCUCCGACUUCGGUCACUGCACCUCCAACUUCAGACACUUCACCUCCAACUUCAGUCACGGCACCUCCAGCCUCAGUCACUGUAAUUCCAAAAUCAGUCACUGUCAAUGUCACGACACUGAUUACAAACUCCACCACUGCCUACCCUGGGUUUCUGCCCUCUCUGUUGGACAAGAUCCCAUUGCCAAGAUGGGCCAUCUAUGCAAUAAUUGCCCUGAUCCUCCUGGUGUUUUUAAUUUGUGUGCUGUGCUGCUGCAUAAAGUGCUGCUGCAAAGGAAAGAAGAAGAAAAAGAAGCAGAAUCAGAAGUUCAGUCUGAAAGGACUGAACGGCACCAGUACAACAUCACUGGUGCAGCCUGACACGGGGGAUGUAGAGUAUGGAUCACUUAACCAGCCACGAGGGAAGCUGCUGUAUUCUCUGGAGUACAAUGCAGCACGCUCAGAGAUGACUGUCGGAGUGAAAGAAGCUGCAGAAUUAAUGGCUAUGGACUCUUCAGGAACAUCUGACCCCUAUGUAAAAGUUUACAUCCGUCCCAACAAGUUCAAAACCUAUGAGACCAAAGUGUUUAGAAAAACUCUGAACCCAGUGUUCAACGAGCACUUUAAGUAUCAGAUUUCUCAGAAGGAUCUCAGCGAGUCUAUCCUCAUGAUGCAGGUGUAUGACUUCAACAGAUUCUCCAAACAUGAUGUGAUUGGUGAGCUGAGGCUGGAGCUCUCUACUGUGGACUGGAACCAUGUGAUUGAGGAGUGGACAGACCUGAAUGCACCCUCAAAAAAUGAGCAAGAACAUCUGGGUGAGAUUUGUUUCUCCCUUCGUUAUGUCCCCACUGCAAGUAAGCUCACUGUGGUGAUUCUGGAGGCCAAGAACUUAAAGGAUAUGGACAUUGGAGGUUCUUCAGAUCCAUAUGUUAAAAUCCAGCUGGUUCUGGACAAGAAGAAGUGGAAGAAAAAGAAAACAUCAGUGAAGAAGCAAACACUGAAUCCUUACUUCAACGAAUCCUUUACAUUUGAUGUCUCAUUUGAUCAGAUUCAGAGAGUCCAGUUGGUGAUCUCUGUGUGGGAUCAUGAUAAAGUGAGCAGGAACGAUGCCAUUGGGAAGAUCUUCCUGGGAUGUGAUGCUACAGGAAACCAGCUGCGGCACUGGGCAGACAUGCUGUCAAACCCACGCAGGCCGGUGGCACAGUGGCAUACACUGCUUUCAGCCGAGCAGGUGGACACAACUCUGGCCUUAAAACACACACUGAGGAUCCCAUUCACUAAUAAGACUUUUUGAAAGUGUCAACACUUCAUUUUGCUAUUUUGUGAACGACUUGGUGCCAUUUGUUUUCAGGAACAUGUAAUUUCUGUCAAUUUUUUAAAAAAGUGGAGGUUGCUUAUGUUGCUUUAUUUUAAAAUGUGUACCUACAAGCUGUGUAGCAUUUUGAAAUGUAAACAAAAUUACUUUAUCAAUCUGUAGAGUACAUCCUGAAAUGUUUUGAUUUAUAAAUAACCUCACUGAU